AUGGCUCCUAAGCCGAAGACGAAGGGGGCUCAGCCGAAGGCAGCUCAGCCGAAGGCAGCUCAGCCGAAGGCAGCUCAGCCGAAGGCAGCUCAGGCCAAGGCUGCGGAGAAGCCAGCUGACUGUAAGACUCAGCAGGAAGCUUGUCAGACACCGUCUCAGAAAGCAGCGGCGACGGUGUCAAGCAUGAGCACCUCGCCGGUGCACAAUCACAGGCGUGUGGCGGCAGACAUCCUGGCACCUCUUCUGGACUAUGUCGAGGAGAUGGAGAAGUCCGAUGUCAGACCCAUUGCCUACGCUGGCAUCCAGGCGUUUGACUGCGCCAACUACGCUCAGGAGAUGUCAGACAAAGGCAAGUACACGUGUGUGGCAUUCGAGUCAGAUGUCUGGCCAAACUACGGAAGUAUUGUCAGAAGUUACAAGCACCACUUCUGUACGUCAGAUGGUCUCCUGACGGAUAAGAUUUGCCAGCCGCAGCAUGCGGGGACAUGGGAAGUCGCCGACAAGAGCGUCUUCAGGAUGGGCUGGCUCAUGGGGUUCGCGCAAGCACGUGAGACCAAAGCCAUGGAUGUGGUCAAGAGGUUCGAGGAAGCCAGCUGCUCUGUAGCCGUUACUUUCCAGCUGGUCGUGUCAGACGACGAGUUUGGUGUGCUCCGGCGACAGCUUGAGGAGAACAUCAAGUCGGACGCUCUGACGGCCCAGCUUUUUGGCUACAAGGAGUGCCUUCAAACUCACCAGGUGUCAGAAUCACUGAAGCGUCAGAACAAGCCGCAUACAUCGUCAGACGUUGCGGCUUGGUUCUCCAAGAUCAACUUCGCGGAGGAGACCAUCGGUCAGAAGACCGUGGAGUGCCACUUGAAGAUCGUGAAACGUAUGACUGAAGUGGCAAUCAACCAUUUGGACGGCUUGGAGUACGCUUUCGGUAAGACACACCCCUUGGCCAAAUGGGCCGCGCUCGACACCCUCUGCGGUAAGACAUCAUGCCCCAAGAACCUUCCGCUGCAAGACAAGCUGCUGAACUUCGUUGUGGCUGGGAUUCAUGUCAGACUGCUCAGGGGCACGUUGGCACAAAACGUCAGGGAGGACAUCCGCAACAAGGUCAUCCCGUGUUUCCUGGCCUUGCGUCGGAUCUCCCAUUAUGUGGCCUGGAAGAUCCAAUGUAAGAACAUCGGAACGGUUUUUGGCGACUGGUCAGACUUCCAUAUCAUGUUCCCUCGUGGCAAGUUCAUGGAGCUUGCUGGCGGCAACACGCCAGAGGUCACAGCGUUUACGGAGAAGUUCGUCAGACCGUCAGAGCGAGCGGCAGCCACGGGUCUCCACAUGCUGUAUGACGGGAACGCGGACCACAUUCUCCUGAAAUGCCUUUCCAGAGACUCGAACAUGUCAGCAGAAGGUAUUCUGGCAUCGUCAGACUUCGCCUCCGAGGAUUUGUUUGACUUGGACAAGAUUCUCCAGCUGCACGAGGAGGAGACCGCACCGCCACCGCCACCGAGUACGACGCCGGCAGCUGGCGAGCAGGACAGUCAGACCGCAGCCUCGGAGAGUGUUGUGGACGAUGGCAAUGACUCGCAGGCCACCCUGGUUCUGGGACAGCAUCUUACGUCAGAUCAUUCUGUCGAAAAGCCCGUAGUGGACGAGCUUCUCGCGGAGAAUGAGGACGAGCAGGUGAUCAGCAAGGAAAACGAAAUGGUUCGUCAGAUGUUGGAGUCAGAUCUUUUUCCUUCACUGACUCUGCCCAGUCUGGCGUUAGACAGCUUCCACAACGUCUCGCCAGAUGCCGUGCAGAACAUGUAUUCCUUUGCCAGCUCUCGUCAGGUUCUUACUUUUAAGAAACCCUGUCUGACACAGUACGCUACGUUCAUUGAGGAGCCAGACAACAGCAAGUGGAAAGAGGCCCUGGCCCAGUCCGGGGGGAAGGUUGACAGGGUACUGUACAUCUAUGAUGCAACGUGCCGGUACGACAGGGCUGCAUUGUCUGGUAAGACCUAUCGACUGCUUCCUCCACUGGACGAAAGUCAUUACCAGAGCGUGCUGACGUCACUGUUGGCGCCAGAGGGUGAUCCUUCAGCGACAGAUACAUUCUUCCGCAAGAAUGACCUCUUGUUCCUGAAGGAUGCCCGCAGGUCGAGCAACUUCAACAAGAUGGGUCGCAUCGUCAGACAAAUCCUGAAGAUGUGCCCCAUGUCGGACUACCCGAAGAAGCCACUCGCCGUACCGGUCAGACUCUGCUACCACAACAACGAGUUUACCAAGGAUGGUUACGUCAGAAAGAAUGGCUCCAUGGGCAAAAUCACGAGCAGAAUUGCAUUGCCGGACCCUGUGGAGAACAUGUUUGUCUUCGGUAAGACAAAAUGUACGAUGGAGACGCGUGAAAGGAAAUGGUUGGACCUCCCAGGCAGCAACUACACCAGAAGCUUGCAGGGCUUGAGCAUCCGCACGCAGUCAGAGGCCAACAUUAUGGUCAAAAGGGACGUGCUCAGUCAGAUGAUGAAGAAGGUGGGUGCUGCUUCCUCGUCGUCAGACAAAGCAGCCUCACAGCCAGACAGUGACGGAGAAGUUCCUGAUCCGUCAGAUCAUAUGCCAGGCGAGCAGCAGGAUAGCCAAGGGUCAGAGCCCAUUCCCGACGGCGCCAACACGGAUGAUCGUUGCUGCCAGUGGUUCGCAUGGUCCCCGUCAGAACUCUUCUGGGCCGAGAUGUUCAACCUGUAUGGAGUCAGACGCCCGGGCACCUACCGGAUUGUGGAUUUCACACCGGGACCGGGGAUGGCAGCGCUGCAAGCCGUCAGAGAGAGGGUUCCAUACGUGGCGUUUUGCUUGCCCUCGCAGUCAGACGCCUUGCGUCAGACACUGACAUUUCAGAUCAUGCUGGAGGUCGUCAGAGGUGUGAACAAUGGCUUCACACGUCGUGUGCUCAGCCGCGUCAGAUCCUUGGAUGGAGGCCACAGCUCCAAUGGAGAUGGCCGCAUCGACGGCAGCAACAGUCAGACGAACGAGCUGCAGGAAAGUCAGACGGAGCAGCCAGAGCCACGGCCGACGCUGAAGCGAAAGCGUCAGAUGAGUGACCUGCAGAGCAAUGACAGCAGGAGCAAUGCGUCAGACAGCGACCCGGAGGUGUGA